GUGAAGGGACAGUUCGACUGCUAGCUAGAAUGACAAAAUAACCUUGCGGAGUGUGAGAGCUAAAAGAAAAUCAGAGUCGCGGGAUUUGAACGCAGCUCGGCAGCUUUAGUUCCUGGCACGGCUCGGGCGACACUGAACCUCUCCCGAACCGAGGUCGGCCGAACGCGGCCGGCUUUCCAGCUAAGUUACGGCGGAGAAGAAACGCAGGAACGGGACGGUGAUUCAGCGCGUGCUAGCUAAAGAGAGGAGAGUGAAAGAGGAGGGGAGGGGGGAAAGAAAAAAAAUCAGCCUGAACGUAACACAAGACCGAUGUUAACGUAAACAGUUUGCAUGCAGGGCAGUGUCGUUCUCGGUGGCCGCUAGCCGUGUUUUAUCGCCUGGUGGUUCCCCCCCUCCUCCACCACCUCCACCACCACACCGCCCCUCAGCGAGAUGUAUGGAAGGUCGGGAUGACAGGAGGAUGGCCAGCGGGGUUGGAAAGCACAAGCUGCUUGUGAUUGGACCAACGGAGCCAUGGUCGGUGAGGGAGAAGCUGUGUCUGGCCACGUCCGUCAUGAAGAGCGGCGAUCAGAACUGCAGGGUAUCCGUCAGUAGAGCCAUCAAACCGUUCGCAGAACCCGGCCGACCUCCAGACUGGUUCUCUCAGAAGCAUUGCGCCUCCAAGUACUCCGAGCUCCUGGAAACAACAGAGGCCCCAAAGCGGAAGCGUGGCGAGCGAGGCGAAGUGGUGGAGACGGUGGAGGACGUGAUCGUGCGGCGACUGACGGGCGAGAGGAUCGAGGAACUGAAGAAGCUGAUCAAAGAAACGCAGGAAACGCACAGGAAGCUGAAACGAGAGGCUGAGCUGAUUCAAGCCGGGCAUCUGGAUUCCAAGUUGGAGGAGUUAUGGGAAGACAUUCAGCUGAAGAGGAAGCAGGAGGAGGAGGAAGCGGAGCUAAAAAGAAAAAACACAGACGCUGCUUACCAGGCCAGACAGGCAGCAAAGAGCAUGUCCAAACGGAUACCCAGCGUCACCACGCAUUCGCCCUCAGCGAGCAGCUCCCCAAGCCAGGACUUCCCACCAGGUGAUCAACUUGAGAGCCUGACGCUGGAUGGUCCACCCACAAAGAAUUCUUCAGGAACAGCAAAGUUAAUAACAUUUUCUCAAACGUCUGGACCCGCUAAUGACGACAUCAGCCACGGGGCAAUUCUGGAGGACUCGGCUCAGAAGAAGCUCCUGAGCCAGAAAGCCACCCCGCCACCAUCUCCGCUCCUGUCAGAGUUACUAAAGAAAGGCAGCAUCUUGGCAUCCAAUUCCAGACUGAUAGGAGACGGUGACGGGUCUCCCGGUAACGUAGCAGGAUCCCAUGACUCUCAGCUGCAUUCAUCCUGUCAGCCUCUUUCCCAAGCAACAGGUGCGCCGAUGCUGUCCCGUCUUCUGGAGGCAGGUCCAGCCCAGUUCUCCUCCCCGCUAGGUUUCAUGGUCGGUGCAGACUCCCCGUCCUGCGGUCCCGUCUCCGCAGCCAAUUCUGCUCCUCUGAACCAGACUGUCUCAGAAAGUACAGCGGUCGAUGUGAUGCCGCCGUCUGUGCGUCCACACUGCCCAGCUGACUCUGGAGAGGAUAAGGUGGCAGAGCUCAGCGAGGAGGAUGUGACCGCAUCCUACAUGGGAGACGAGCUGGACCUGAAGACAGUGGGGGACAUUAUUGCCAUCAUUGAAGACAAGGCAGAUGAGACCGCAGAGGCGCUGGAUGCUGCUGCGGUCGAAGCCGCUCUGUCGCUCUGCGAGGAGACGGACCACGCUCUGACCGGGGCCUGGGACGCGGGGCCUUUACAGCCCCAAGAGCCGCACCCCACUCACCGGAUGCUGGAGGGGGGGGCAGAAGUGUCCCUCUCCUCCCUGUACAGCAGCCAAGAGAAUAACCUGUCAGCGUUUCCCCUGGAACUGGGGAGCCUUCCUCCCGCUUCCUCGUGCCACUCAAAGACUUUGGAGCACAGUGCCAAACCUUCACAGUGUCAAGGAGCGGAGCGCUCAAACAAACACGUUUCAACAGAUGGCAGCGCAGAGUGUGAGGGGGAAAAGGAACCGCCCCAGAAACCUGAGAAAGCCUUUAAAGUGUUUGCAGACUCAGUAUUAGAAGACAAACAAGAAACAGACUGGGAGGCCCAGGAGACGAAGGUAGAGGACGGACUUGGACCUGAGGAAGGAGAGAAUGCGUCGGAGUCGAAAGCGGACAGCGAGGUCACGGGACCAGAGCUGUGUGAGGAAGAAGAAGAAGAAGGCGACGGGGCGGAGGAGUUCUCAUCGGAGCCCGACGGCGAAAUGGAGCUGGAGCCUGCCGCCAGCGAGAGCGAGGAUGGUUACAGCCUCCACACAGCGUCUUCAUCGCUCCAGCUCCACACCACCGCAGACUCCAUCCCCAGCAGCCCCGCUUCAUCACAGUUCUCCGUGUGCAGUGAGGACCUGGAAGCUCUGCAGGCUCACAAGAUCUGGAAGAAAGCCAUUAUGCUCGUGUGGCGAGCAGCCGCCAAUCACAGGUAUGCAAAUGUCUUUCUUCAACCAGUAACAGAUGAAAUUGCCCCUGGAUACCACAGCAUCGUUCACAGACCCAUGGACCUGGCCACCAUCAAAAAGAACAUCGAGACCGGCUUAAUACGGACCACGGCCGAGUUCCAGAGGGACAUCAUGCUGAUGUUUCAGAACGCCGUCAUGUACAACGGGCUGGACCACGACGUGUACCACAUGGCCCUGGAGAUGCAGCGCGACGUCCUGGAGCAGAUCCAGCAGUUCCUGGCCACCCAGCUCAUCAUGGAGACGUCCGAAUCCGGCAUCAGCGCCAAGAGCCUGAGGGGCCGCGACAGCACGCGCAGACAGGACUCCGCUGACAAGGACACCGUCUCCAUGUCCUCGCCGGCCUUCCUCCUCUCUCUUUUUGAUGGCGGCACCAGGGGGCGCCGUAGUGCCAUAGAGGCUGACCUCAAGAUGAAGAAGUGAAAAAACAAAUUUCAGAUGAAAGUCUAGUUAGUUGUGUGUGUGAGGCGAAAAAGGACAUGGACGAGUGUUGGCCGGCUGCCUUCGCUGUGUGAUCUCGACUUGCUCUCCAGAACGAUUGGACAAAGCGUGGCGUGGAAAAGCUCCGCUCUAAGACAGCCAUUCAGACGUGGAUUAUAUUCUGUAUAAUCCCAGUUCACUGUGGGGGGUGUCCUGUGUGACCAGGUCAAACCUUUCCUAGAUGUGUCUGCAGAUUACUCCGAUUUAACCUGCUUCUUACAAUCAUCCGCCUGACACCUUCAUGCAUUUCCUUCCUCACGAUGUUUUAAUAGGUGUGGUCCACACAUAAGGGUAUUUGUUACUCCUCGCCUACAGUUGGGUUGAAAUUAAACCAGUUUUAGUGUUUUUUAAUUCAUGAAAUGUGUGUGCGUGCGUGUGUGUGUGUUUGUAAUAUAUAAAACCAAAGGUCAAAGAGUCUGGUGAAAGGUGCGCAUCCUUAAGUGGCAGAGCAGAACGGCACAUAUUCAUCUCAAACAAACGCAUGUGUAACAUUUCAUUUUCUAACCUGGUUUUAAAAGUUUCUUUAAAAGCAAAACAAACAAAAAAAUAAAAUAAUGAAUAUGGUUGUUUUGAUCGUGUAGAAUUAAUUUUGCCUUUGUAAAAACUUCCUGUGAAACGGUAACUCUUCUGACAUUGGUUUGGGUUUAUGUUCAGUGUAUCGGAGAAAAUGUGACAUUUGUGGACCGGGAAAUGUUCUAACUCAAUAAAAUUGUCCUUACUGCAGAAACGCGGCUCAA